AGAACAUUGAAAACAUCACCAAUUAGCAGAUAUGAGCUCCAAAGUGUUGAUCACUUCACUGGCCUUCCUGCUGGUUAUCAGCCUUUGCGUGGCAGCUCCCCGACGUGGAGGACACUCCAUAGGCGCUGACAUUGGCAGGAGGCCAUUGCCAGGAGGUGACUCUAUUGGCGCUGACAUCGGGAGGAGGCCAUUGCCAGGAGGCGACUCUAUCGGCGCUGACAUUGGCAGGAGGCCAUUGCCAGGAGGUGACUCUAUCGGUGCUGACAUUGGGAGGAGGCCACUUCCAGGUGGUGACUCUAUUGGCGCGGACAUUGGGAGGAGGCCAUUGCCAGGAGGUGACUCUAUCGGCGCUGACAUUGGGAGGAGGCCCAUUCCUGGACAAGCGAAUAAUCACCCAGGAUACUGUCCAAGCUGUAGAUAUCCUCGUCCAGGAGGAGCUGUACCAUUUUGAGCAGGGACUUUGGUUGACGUGAUAAUUUUAAAGUUAUGAAAAGGGGUACUUCAUGUAUUGUUAUGCUUUCACAAUUCGUAUUUUAUUUUGCUUACGAUGAUAUCUAAUAAAAAGUCCAGAGACAAAAAAGCGCUUGCUUAAAAGACACCAAAAAUAAUUGUUCAACAAAUACCCCCUUUUUAUCUCAUAUUCAGUUAUAUAUUUCGGGACUUCCUACAGGAGGGAGGCGUAUGCGUAUGCGUAUGCAAAUUCUUUCCGCGGUUUCAAUUUGUUCAAAUUUCAACAAGAACCAACUUGCAUGCAUUUACUGAUAGUUUUGCAAAUUCAGACCGUCAUCUGAUAACGAAAUGAUAUAUGUCUCAAGGGCAUGUUAACUCAUUGUAUUUCAUCGAAUGGCAUCGAACGGUGCCAAUCACUAUCCUUUCCUGUGCAGUAAUUUGCACCAAAUUUCGCGAAUUGAUAACGAAAUAAGAAUUAUGCCAUCCGAUACCAAUUGAAUAGUAGAUCUCGAAAACCUGCCUCUGCCAUCCCUCAAUCUGAGCCACAUCCACGGUUUUUUUAAUCUAUGGUACAGCGAUACAGCGAUUAUUAUUCCGGACAUACUUCCGUCAUGUGAUAUAGAAACAGAAGAAAUAUAUUUAUGAUAAGGAGAAUGCGAAUUUUCUACUUCAGAAGAUUUUGUUUUCAAAUUCUUAUCGUGUGUAUAGCCAGGAAAGUAGUUUUUUUCUGUUGAAUAAACCGAGAAAGAAUUGAUAUCUUCAUCACAUAGAGAAUGCUUAUUCUCAAUGUAUUUAUUUAUAUAUAUAUCCAUAUUUUAUGUUCAUACCUAAUUAUAUCUGGGAAUGAACUAAACAAUUCGAAAUCGAACGAACAAAUACAAAAUGAUUUAUCAUUCGGAAUGUUUAAAGAGAGUUCAAAACAUACAUUGUCAACAGUCCAAAAUUUCGUCUUCAGGUUCCUAAUUCUUUUCUUUAGCAAUGUGUUGAGUAUUAUAGGAGCUAUUUCUUUCAGCACCGACCUGAGAAGUGAAUGCUUGACAAGUGAGAGCCUCAUGGUCUCCAAGGUAACAUCGAUAUAGCAGUUAUCGUUCUAUUGGCAAAAAUGAUAGUAUGUCUAGGCCCAGUUGGCUCUGGAAAAUCCUUACUUCUAAAAAGUCUGCAAAACAGUGACAGCAUAGAUGAAACCACCACAGCUGUUCCAACCAUCGGAACAAAUAUUUUCGAUAUCAGAGUGGGGGAUAACAUUUUCGAAGUGAGAGAGUUAGGGGGCUCGAUGGCCCCUCUUUGGCCUGUGUAUCUUGGAAAUGCCAAGAAAAUCACUUAUGUGGUGGAUGUAUCCAAUUUGUGUCAAAUAUCUGCUGCAUGUGUGCUGCUGUAUACUAUCAUGGUUCUUCCUAGCUUAGCAAAUGCCAAAUUCUUGAUAGUCUUGACAAAAAUGGAUGUCAGCUACAGACAGAUGAGAAAUGAGGCUCUAUUGAUGUUACAAAUGAAGAGAUUGCAGAAGGAAUCCAAGCAACAAAUCGAGAUAACUCAAGCUAGUGCUAUUACUGGUGAAGGAAAAAAUGAUAUUUUGACAUGGAUUAGUAAAUAAUCAUUGAUCAUUGUUCGUAUUAUCAUUCAUUGCUAGAUUUAUUGAAGUGACGUUCUGGAAACGUUGGUUAUAAAACCAAAUAAAAAAUAACACAAUAAUAUUGGGAAAACCCUAAAUACGUAUUUUGGCAACGAAGUUGCCAUCCUAAGUAGAAUUGAGAAGGAAAUUAGGAUCAACUGACUCUAUAGUAACCAGUAGUUUCUGCAGAUGCCCUUGCAAGCUAUCACGAAUCGAAAAAGAGCGUAAUUUUCAGUGUAAAAUGUGAAUUUGCGAUGACAAUGGGAAUAUUUUGAAGUUGCCCCAUACCCCUUUCUAGAGGGUGAAAGUGGAAGGAAGAGUUUUGUAUAUUGAUGGAUAGAUUUUUUUCGAACCAUUAAACAUAUUAUUCGACAUAUUCCACCAUUUCCAGAAUUUUUGGACACCCUGUAUACCAAGCUAAGCAUCCAAAUUAUUGUCACUCGUUCGAAAGGUGAAUUAUUUGUGAGAUAAACAUAUUGUGAGUUAAUUUCGAUAGUUUUCAGAAUCACUGAGCAUGAAUGUAUAAAAGAGAUUGUUUUGAAAUUGUCAAGAAACAUUAGAUCCUGUUAUUGUAAGAAAAGUACAAGUUUGAUUAACUAUACACCUCUUUGCUUUUUCCUAGAACUGUUUGAGAUGAAGUUGACAAUAUAUGCGGUAAUGGUGAGUUCAAUUAUUGUUUUGUUGAAUUUCCAAAUAUUGGUGUGCAGUCAGAUGCAAAGAACAUGUCGCCGUUGGAUAGAAAAAUCAAAUAGCUUGUCAGUGAUACUUUGUUUGGAAAAAUGUUUGAAGAAAAGAAAUAUAGAUAUAUCGAGAAAAUAUCGAAUAUUUCGUUCUCAAAAUGUGAAUACAAAAAUAUUUUUCUUUGAAAGUCGUGCUCUUAUAGUUUGAAACUUUUCAGUGACAUACUGAUGUUGAUAUGAAUGAGUGGUGUUAGAAUACAAAUCAGUUACUGGAUGUUUUCAUUGAUUGAUCUUGAAUCUACCAUGUUCAUGUUGAGUUUUCAGUAGUGAAUACCACAAAUCUAUAUCAACUGAACAGGAAGCAAUGAUAUUGUCUCCGUUCAGAAGAAUGCAAGCGGAUUCCUUGAUUUUUCCCUUUUGGUUAUCAUACAACAUAAAUAUGCACUUGACAGCAAUUCUCGAAUGGGGAUCCAAUAACUUGGUAGAUUUCAAUGCAAACAGACACAAGCAUGCCUUUUCUCUAGAAAAGCCGAUCUCACUGUGCAUAAGCUUGUCAGGAGUAACCAUACCUUUGAAGACAUCCAUUUCGAUGCUUGGUAUUACUAUCAGCAAUAACCUUUCUUGGAAAAUCACGUGAGAUCCAUUGCUAAAAGUGCAUCCCUAAAACAUGGUUUCCUGGUUCGGGCCAGGAGCUAUUUCACUUCCAGUCAGCUGCUUAUGAUCUAUAAGGCACAAUUCCGACCUGUCCUGGGAUACUGUUCCCAUAUUUGGAGUGCAGCACCCAAACAUACCCUGAAACUGUUGGAUUCUGCCCAAAAAAGGGCAACUCGUCUAGUGGGUGAUGCCACGCUCACAAACUAAUUCACUUCUCUAGAACACCGUAGAAAAGUUGGCGAUCUGGCUCUAUACUAAAGAUAUUUUCAUGGACGAUGCUCUUCUGAAAUACCAACAAUUGUUCCUCCCUUGGCAGUCCCCGCGAGUUUAACCCGUCGAGUUGAGGCUUCGCACCCCUUCGUGGUCACUUUGGAGACCUGCAGAACAUCUCUUUCCAAAGACUCGUUCAUCCAACGAACAGCUAGGCUCUGGGACACAUUGCCAAGGGAGGUGUUUCUCGAGGCAUAUAACCUCCAGAAAUUUAAGAAGAACACCAAUUCCUACCUUAUUUCCCUUAUUGGUUCUCACGAUGUUCUCUGAACAUUACAGGAUAUCCCUUUUCGUGAGAACCAGAACAUAAAAAAAAUAUUGUCACUAUGACAGAACUCGUAUUCAAGUCUGAUCAAAAUCUAGUAGCAUAUGAGUCUUUAUUGAUAAAUACUUACUGGAUUCGAAUGUCAUUCUUGCGAAUCCCGUACCAGAACCAGAAUAGUAUCUACAUUCCAGUGUGUGUGUUUAUAGACUAGUUGUUUAUAAAAUGACGAAAAGUACCUUGGUAGUAAAAAAAACUUGAGGCCUCGAAAAGGAUUGAAGAGGAUAUUACUAGUCGAAAUUCGCAGAUUCAGCGAUUUGAAUUACAUCCGAUCUCAUUCCAUGCAUGAUAGCGCUUCAUUUUACUUAUUUCACAGAUUUUUGUUCUGAUGAUGUUGAUUCCACCUUGUUUUUCAUCUCCUUUACCCGGGGGAUGCUGCGGAGGGAGGAAAAGAGGUGGCGGCGUCAAAAUCAUUCUGGUGAAAUCUUACGGCUAUGGAGGUGGCUCGAGGCAUGGAGGUCACUAUGGAGGUAAACGUGGAUGCAACAAGGGAUGGGGGAAAUGAAAUCAAACAGGAGAUUAUAUCCUUCAAAAUUUGCAAGAGUUCUUAUAUCAAUUGUUUUGUUAUUAUUAUCCAUAUUAAACAAAUCGAAGACCUC